AUGCUUACUGUAAAAUUUUUAGGUAAAAUUAUAAAUAUGGAAUUAUGUAAGCAAGCAAGUGAAUUAGCUAAUAGUAUUGUAUUCAAUGCUAUUCUCAUCCUUGUCAUUAUCAUAUCAGUAACAGGAAUUAUUUUUGAAAUAUGGGUAAUGCUUAAGACAACAAAUCAUAUUUUAUUACAUCGAAAUACUCGAAUUUUAAUUAUCACACAUCAAUUAUGGCUUAUUCUUCACUGUGCUGCAAGGUUGUUUUUUCAUUUUUUAAAAUGCAAAAAAAUUAAAAUUUCUCAACUUAUCCAUUUUAUCACUAACAAAACUACGUAUACUGAUCCGUGUGGGUAUAUGGCUUACCCAUGGGAAUGUUUCAUGAUGCGAACACCGAUUACUUUAACAUUACUGCUAAAUGCUGCAUCAAUACCGACAGUUGUCAUCGAACGAGCUAUUGCGACAUAUUUUUCGGCAAGAUAUGAAAAAUCUGGAAUAAGUGUCGCUAUUAUACUUUUCAUAGCACAGGUUAAAAAAAGAUGA